GGCCCGGGCCGCCAACGGCGCGCGGCGGGCGGCGUGGGGCCUGCGGGGCCCGCGGCUGCGCUGCGCCUGGGAGGAGAGCUCGGCAUGGCCUUGCCGGUCACCUGCGUGCGCGCGCAGCCCGCGGAGCCCCGGGCCUUGAGGCAGAGCAGGGCGCUGGCCGUGCUGGGGUGCGCCGACGCGCCCCUCGAGACAGAGUUCUCGAGGGAGGACCUCGGACCGGUUGCAGCUCAUCUUCAGGGCCAUCGAGCAGGAGAGUGCAACCUCUUCGGCCUCGUCGAGCGGGGCCACGUGGUCGACGCGGUGCCCGUGCCGGCGGGCGCGGAGCCCUGCGGCCCCGAUCGCGCCGACUCCCUCGGGUGGGUCCCCUGGCUGCCCUGGUGGGUGAGCGGCGCGGACGGGUACCUUGGGCUGGGCCUCUCCGUGCAUUUUGCUUUCGCCCACCACGCGAUCGCGUGGCUCUGCGCACCGGCCCUGCUCGGGCUCCUGGCGAGCCUCCUCCGCAGCCAGUACGACUCCGCCGGCGACGAGGUCCUGCUGGUCUACGCGUGUGCCGUCAGCUGCUGCCUCGCCGGCGCCUUCUCCUCCUGGGCCCGGUGGCAGAAGAGGAUGGCGCUGCAGUGGGGCUUCGUGCCGGAGAAGGCCCGCCGGCGGGCCGCGGGCUCGGCGGCGGGCGCCCCGGCCGAGGCCCCCCGCGGCGCGGCCGGCUGCUGCCGCCGGGUGCUCGCGCCGGCGGCCGUGCUGGCGGCCUCGCUGGGCCUGCUGCCAGUCGGGGGCGUCCACGGAGGGGUGUGCGUCGUCGAGGGGGUCUUCGUGCUCGGCCCUCUGCUGAGGGGCAUCGCCCGGCACCUCGUGACGCUGCGGCUCUGUGACACGCAGGCGAAGGCCACGGUGUCGUACGCGAGGAUGGCCGUCGUCCUGCAGUUUGUCAACGCGUGCUCCAUGCUGUUCUGUGUGGCCUUCGCUGCGGAGGACGACUGGCCUUGCCCCGACUCCUGGCCAUGCGGCACGACCGAGGUCGGAGAGGAAUAG